AUGAGGGGCAUAAUUGAGGCACGUCUACUGCUGCUAUUAAUCUUAUUCACCGUGCAGUCUACGGCGGACAUGGUCGUCAACGACAUUUGGAACGCCUUCAGAGCUGUUAGCAAUGAUACGUCGCUCCUCGCCCACAUCAUACGAAUGUACGGAUCGAGCAUGUCCAAUCCGAAUCCCACCUUCGUCUUCAGAAUGCCAGCACCGAAUCAACGCAACAAAUUUGAGUUGCUGAAAAUGCAACGUUCCGAUUUUGGGGAACCCAAUUUUCCCAAUAUUACCACGAAGCCCAUUAGGAUUGUGGACGUUUCAGCGGAGAAGGAGACCCAUGUCAAGUCGAGCUUAUCGGAAUGGCAGCAACUGGGCUUGCAGGGCUGGUCGGGUGAACUGAAGCCACCGGUGCAGUGGCUGGAGGAGUCACACAAGGAUACAACGCCAAAGCCGCCCAAUUGGCAGUUGGGGGCUUAUCCACAGGAUGAGAUACUCUUGGAUUUGCAGAGCUACCAGCUGAAUGGACGUGUGACGGACAUACGUGUGAUGCCAUCCAAUCAGUUGGAGGCGCAACGGGAGGAUCUGAUGAAUGAACAGAACGUGUAUUUAGCGAGAGCGAACGAUCCCUUUGGCUACUCGAUGAAGUGGGCUUUCAGCAAUGACACCGACCAGCUCAAGGAUCGGGGCAAGCGAGAUGUGGCCAAGCUCUACUCGAUGAUCAAGUGCUCCACGAACUGUGAUCCGCUGAUCUACAAAGGAUACGGCUGCUAUUGUGGGUUUGGGGGACAUGGUGUGCCCAACGAUGGCAUCGAUCGCUGUUGCCGUCUGCACGACAAGUGCUACGGUCAGAGCAACUGCAUCUCCUACCUCGAAUACUUUGUCCCAUACGUGUGGAAGUGCUAUCGUGGCAAACCGCUCUGUGCCAUCGAUCAUGGCGAGUGGGGCGCCCCCGAUUCCUGUGCGGCUCGUCUCUGCCAGUGUGACUUGCGUCUCUCCCGCUGCCUCCGCAACUUCCACUGUCCAAGUCGACGGGCUGUGUGCCGCUCCUCCAGAUCCAGACGCUUCCAAAAUUUAAUAUUCUUUGAUUAACGUGUGUUGU